GCCUGCACAUGCCAGCACUCCUCGCCGCCGCGGUCUGGGCGGCCGCUUUUUCGCCCGCCGCCGUCCUCUUCGCGACGGUCGUGGCGCGCCGGCCCGUCCUCGUGGUCCUCGUUUUUCUCUCGGCGUUCGCAUGGCUCCUCUCCAUCUCCCUCGCCGCCGCCCUUGCCGCGGCGCUGAGGGCGGCGGUGCCCGCUGCCGGCACGUCGGUGGCAGUGGUGGCGGCGGCGGCGGCACUCUGCCAGGAAGGGAGUCGGUACGGCAUGUACAGCGCGUACGUCCUCUUCCUCCGCUCGCUGCGCCAGCUGGGCGUGGCCGUCGACACCGGCCCGCCCGCCGCGCACCUGCUCAGCGCCGCCGUGGCGAACGGGGUUGGCAUCUGGGCGGCGUACACGCUCGUUCUAUACGGCGACGUGCUCUGGCGGUCCAGCCUGCCCGGCAGCCUGUACAGCGACCAGUGCGAGGGGCUCUCCACCUUCGCCGUCGACGCGAUGAGCGCGUGCGGCAUUGGCCUGGUCAACGUGCUCCUUUCGUGCAUCGGCUGGGUCGCCGCCUACCCGCGCCGCUCGCCCGCCCUGGCGGCUACGACAGUCGGCUUGCACGUCGCCGCCACCGCCGCCACCGCACUCAACGCAGGCCCGCGCGGCCUGGCGAAGGACGGCUGCUCCGCCUCGCUGCCCGCCCUCGGCGGCGCCGUCCUCCUCUCCGCCGCCGUCGCCGCCUUCUCCACUCGCGACGGCGGGGCGGCGGCGGCUCGAGACCUCGGGCUCUGCUCCGGCGUCGUCCGCUUCAAGGAGAAAGACGAGCCGCUCCUAUCCUCGCAGAGCCGCGCGCACCGCUCCUCCGCGCCGCUCGACGAGCCACCACCCGAGGAGACGACGCGACAGAGGCUGAACCGACCAAGCGCCGCGGCGUCGGGGGACUGAAAGAUCACCGAAUACUAAGCGAGACGCAACGUGUGACUGAAUGGGGGGCGCGCAGGUGGGGGCGCGCGGCCAGGGAGUCGUGAUCCACCUGUCGAAAGGGGGAGAUAGACAGAACAUCAGUUUUUGUGGAAAACACACAUCGAGCAU